AUGACCGGCGGCGGCGGCGGCGGGGGAUUCGGGGCGUUUCGGCUGAGCAUGCCGGGGGGCGAUGCGACGGGCGGCGCGGAUAAGCGGCGCGGGAGCGUGGCGGUGUGCUGCGUGGUGGUGCUGCUGAUCAUCGCGCUGGCGUCGGGCGGUGGAUCCGCCAUCUGGGAUGCCUUCUCCGCGGGCCCCUCCUACGUGUCGCUCUCCGCCACCCCCGACCCCGCGUCGCUGCGCGCCGAGCGCGUGUUCGCGCAGCCGCCGUGGCGCGUGCGGGACGGCAGCGAGGCGGGGUACCUGUACGGCUGGACGGGCCCCGCGCUCGCGUACCGCAUGGCGUGGAAGCAGCCCGCCGCCCACGGCGGAAGCGCAGGGGCGGGGGGGAAUACUUCCGCGGACGAGUUCGCGCUGGCGAUGCGCGUGGGGGGAGUGCUGCGGCGCGUGGGGGUGUCGACGGUGGCGGCGAGCGGGCACACGCUGGCAGUGACUCCGGGGGGCGUGGUGCUGUCGUGGGGGCGCGACUGGGACGCGCGCAGGCGCCCCGCGGGGCUGCUGGGGCGCGCGGACGGCGCGUUUUGGCGGCCUGCGCCGGUGGAGGGGCUGACGGGGGAGGGGCAGGUGGUGGCAGUGGCGACAGGGCAGUAUCACUCCGUUGCUGUGAUGGAGAGCGGUAGGGUGUUCACGUGGGGGCUCAACAACAGGGGGCAGCUGGGCCGACCAAUCAAGAGCAAGGUUCGACAGGCUGAAAGGGAGGUGUGGAAGGGAGGAGGGGAGGGGUGGGAGGGAGAAGGGGUGGGGAGUGGGGAAGGUUGGGCGGGAGAGAGAGGAGGCUGA